AUGGUGUCGGAUAAUGCAGAUUUUGUGGACGUUCUUUCGUCUCUUGAUGGAGAAGAAAAGCAGCAGGAAGAUGAUAUGGUUGUCGUUCUAUGGGAAAUGAUUUUCAUAGGUACUGACACUACAACACUUCUAUCUGAAUGGGUCAUGGCGGAGCUUAUAUUAAAUUCUGAUGUGCAAAAGAAGUUACAAAAAGAAGUUGAUAACGUUACAAUGGGAAAAACUGUGACUGAUGCUGAUGUUACUCAGAUGUCGGGUGGUGACCUUCGUUUGGCACCGUUUGAGGCAGGAAGGAGAGUAUGUCUUGGGAAGAACUUAGGGUUGGUCACAGUGAUGUUAUGGGUGGCCAAGUUAGUGCAGAAUUUCAAGUGGGUCGAGGAUGGGUUCCACGCAGUUAACUUGGAAGAAGUUCUGAAAUUAUCUUGUGAAAUGAAGAACCCCCUCAUUGCUGUGGCUAUUCACAGAAAUGUUUCGUUUUAG